AUGAUAAUUCAAAAUUUUUGUAUUUGAAGAAUAAAAAUCUUUCAAUCAUUAAUGCUUGGACUUACAAAAUGCCAAGGUUCCUUAAACACAAUCGAAAGGCGGAUUGAACUCAGCGUUCUACAUUAUUCCUAGUACUUGAUCUAUAUGGACAGGAAUUGGUUCAAAUGGAGCACUCAAUCCUGCUCUAAGGUUAUAAAAGAAAUGCUAUGUUGAAAAAAGCCUACUACAAGCACCUAUAAGCUAAUGGAAUGCACAACGAGUACAGCUGAUGUAGCAAGGAUUAUGAAGACGCCUCUCUCAGCCGUUUGAGUUUGAAAACAGAUGUAAGAGGGACACACUUUCGAUUUUUGUUGGCAUUUUACUUUAUCUCGACUUUAUUGUUUCCUUACAAUAGUACCAUCCAACUUAUUAUCUUCUCUACAUACACCUCAAACGAAAUACAUUGAAAAAUGUGGAAAAGAAAAGGAAAAGGAGACAAGCUCGUGCUUUUGACCUUGUACUUCUUGACAUUUUUCAAUUUUAUAUCAACAGAUGAACAUAACCACAUGUAUGCAGAGAAUGAGGAAGUGGUUGUUUGGAUGAACACAGUUGGGCCGCUACAUAACAGACAAGAAACAUAUCCAUAUUUUCAGCUACCUUUCUGCCAAGGACCACAUAUAUUGCAGCAUCACCACGAAACGUUAGGUGAAGCUCUCAAAGGAAUGGACCUCGAGAGUUCGGGCAUACCUAUCAAAUUCUUAGAAACGCAAAAUCACGCAACUUAUUGUACAAAAACACUCAACGCCGAAGAUAUCGAUGUAUUGAGAUAUGCUAUAGAUAAUCAAUAUUGGUAUACCAUGUUUAUUGAUGAUCUCCCAGUGAGUGGUAUUGUUGGGAAAAGCGAAGAUGAUAAUGAAAAUAGUAAUGAAAGCAUAACAGAGGAAGAGCAGGCAAAAGACCCUCACUUCAAACCCAUUUACGUAUAUACCCACAAGAGCUUUACAUUCGAAUAUAACAAAAAUCAGAUCAUUUCUGUUAGCUUACAGCAUGCUGACCCUGUUGAGUUAGUCUACAAUCAAAGAUCUCUCGAUUUGACUUUUACUUAUUCCGUGGACUGGAAUCCUACCGAUACAGCUUUCGAGGAUAGAUUUGAUAAACUUUUAGAGGCAGACUUUUUUGAGCAUAAAGUGCAUUGGUUAUCAAUUUUCAGUUCUUUUAUGAUGGUUCUCUUUUUAACUGGUCUUGUAUCUGUUAUUCUUUUGAGAACUGUCAAACGCGAUUUUACCAGAUAUGAUCGCGAAGAAGGACUUGAUUUUGACCGCGACUUAGGUGAUGAGUAUGGUUGGAAACAGGUUCAUGGUGACGUCUUCCGUCAGCCUCCUCACUUGAUGCUCUUAUCAGCUCUAAUGGGAACAGGAUCUCAGCUUGUCAUUCUUGCCAUUGUUAUUAUUCUAUAUACCAUCUUGGGCGAUCUCUACGUUGAACGAGCCACUAUUCUGACAGCAACUAUUUUCAUUUAUGCUGUGACUUCCGUUGUGGCAGGUUACACUAGCUCCCGCUACUAUGCAAAAUAUGGAGGUAAAGAUUGGAUCAAGACGGCCAUUAUGACGGCUGGGCUAUGGCCUGGUGCAGUAGCCAUCAUCGGCGGCUUUAUCAAUACACUUGCUAUCUACUAUUCUAGCUCUCGUGCUAUUUCCUUCCUAAAUUUACUAUCGAUGAUUGCUCUUUGGCUGUUUAUCUGUGUCCCUUUGACUUUGCUAGGUACUCUCAUAGGACGUAAUUGGAAAAAGCCAAGUGGCAGUGGUGGUAGCAGUGGUGGUAGUAACAACCAGGCUGCAGUCGACUUUCCUUGUCGUGUCAAUCCUAUCCCUCGCCCUAUUCCUGAAAAGAUGUGGUACGCUGAGCCACUGGUCAUUGUUGCUUUGGGUGGUAUCUUGCCUUUCGGAUCCAUCUUUAUUGAAAUUUAUUUCAUCUUUACUUCUUUCUGGACAUACAAGAUUUACUACGUGUAUGGUUUUAUGUUUUUAGUGUUCAGCAUUUUAUUGAUUGUAUGCGCAUGUGUAGCUAUUGUCAGCACCUACUUCUUGCUAAAUUCGGAGGAUCACAGAUGGCACUGGGUUAGUUUUAUGACAUGUGCUUCAACUGCUGCAUAUAUUUAUCUCUAUUCUAUAUAUUAUUAUGUGGCGAAAACAAAAAUGACAGGCAUGUUUCAGACUAGCUUUUACUUUGGAUAUACUGCGCUUUUGUCUUUUGGCAUGUUUUGUAUGCUAGGCUAUGUUGGACACACAGCAGCAACGAAAUUUGUUCGCAAGAUUUAUCAGAACGUUAAGAUUGAUUAA